ACGUAUGAAAAAUCUGCUUGAGUACGUCGGAGAGCACUAGAGUUAGGAUUCCCGUCCACCUCUUUUUCUUUCUUUCUUUCGAACCGCAAACCGGUAAGAAAAGGCUGUUGCAAAAUAGGAGACCUAACACACUAUGGCCGAAUUCGUAAAGCUCUCCAUCUUUGGCACCGUUUUUGAAGUCACCACAAGAUAUGUCGACCUGCAACCAGUGGGCAUGGGUGCUUUUGGCUUGGUCUGCUCUGCCAAGGACCAAUUGACAGGCCUGAACGUAGCUGUGAAAAAGAUCAUGAAGCCAUUCUCGGCACCAGUGCUCGCCAAGCGAACGUAUCGUGAGCUUAAACUUCUCAAGGCACUGCGACAUGAAAAUAUUAUCAGCUUGAGCGACAUUUUUAUCUCGCCUUUGGAGGAUAUCUAUUUCGUAACCGAGCUCCUGGGCACCGAUCUUCACCGACUGCUGCAAGCACGACCCCUCGAGAAGCAAUUUAUCCAGUACUUUUUGUAUCAGAUUUUGAGAGGCUUGAAAUACGUUCAUUCGGCUGGCGUCAUUCACCGAGACUUGAAACCCAGCAACAUUCUUAUCAACGAAAAUUGUGAUCUGAAGAUCUGCGAUUUUGGUCUGGCGCGUAUCCAGGAUCCUCAGAUGACAGGCUAUGUCUCCACGCGAUACUAUCGUGCUCCGGAGAUCAUGCUGACCUGGCAGAAAUACGAUGUUGCUGUUGACAUUUGGAGCGCCGGUUGUAUCUUUGCUGAAAUGCUUGAAGGCAAACCCUUGUUCCCGGGAAAAGAUCACGUCCAUCAGUUCUCCAUCAUCACGGAAUUGUUGGGCACACCCCCUGACGAUGUAAUCGCUACCAUUUGCAGCGAAAAUACGCUUCGAUUCGUCAAGAACUUGCCCAAACGUGACCCUAUUCCAUUCUCCCAACGAUUCGCAGGACAGGAUCCUCAAGCAAUUGAUCUGCUAGAAAAGAUGUUGAUGUUUGAUCCUCGCAAGCGUAUCACAGCCGCCGAGGCACUUGCACAUCCCUACCUGGCUCCUUAUCACGAUCCGUCUGAUGAACCGAUUGCCCCAGAAAAGUUUGAUUGGUCGUUCAACGAGGCUGAGUUGCCUGUAGACACAUGGAAAGUAAUGAUGUAUUCCGAGAUUCUGGAUUUUCAUAAUGUCGAUAACGUCGAUGGCUCUCAAUACCUUGGCACUCCACUGACGGGCCCAGGUCUAGAGGCACAGGACCAGUCCUAUCAACAACAAUAGUUCUCUCUUUUCCUAUCUCCCUUCUUUCUUCCAUUGAUAUCCCUCUUUUUCCUUUUCCCAAGUAGAAAAAGUUGCGCUUACAGCGGAUCGGAAGCUGACUUCUUGCACAUGUGCUUCUUGUUGUUUACGUAUUCCCCUUCUUUCUUCCUUUAUCCCAAACUUCUAAACACUUACUUUUCUCUGCGACAUAUCAUUUUUGCCCUUUUUGCUGCUAUUGUCUAUGGGGUUGAUCUUGGUCUUCUCACCGUUUGUGCUAUAUUACUGUUGCUAUAAGUAGGUAUACGUAGUACAUUAUGCGUGUGCUCCCCAAGGCACUUGUACAGCGAGCAUCACCGCUUAAACACAUAUCAUAUGACUUUUGCGCUUUUCUUUUGGGAAUCUAUGUGGCAGCAGUAGUGAUAUGAUCUCG